GUGUCCUAGCACUCCGAGCAGUUAUUUCUUAUCCAAUCAUCCGUGAGAACAUACGAGCUGGACUCAAUUAACUUGGCCCUUCUGCGCGUGGCGAGGGGGAAGUUCAGCCCCCACGUGGAAGGACUUCGGUCUACGAAUGGUUAUGAACAUGCCCCGAUCUCCGCAUGCCUGCUCGAACACUGGAGUGAACAUUGCGUUGCUCAUCUCAGAACUUACAACAAACUCUUGUCCAGCAUACUGUGUCUCUAUCACUUCCAAGACUGCAAACUCAACCCCGUCUUCGUCCUAAUGAAUGGCCUAGACCAAUCCGUCAGUCGUGCACCUACACCAAGGCCGCCAGAACAAGAUCAUGCACCUGUUGCAAAUGGAGAACCGUUGGGGCCAACGACCAGGCAGGACCCGGUGACGAAUCCUGAAGAGCCCGUGAAGAAGACCGAGGAGCCCAUGGAAAAGAAUGAGGAGCCCAUUGAGAGUGUUAAGCAAGAGUCUAUCCUGUCUAGCAGAGAUGAUUUCAUCUUGAUGCUCAAACACACACUGCCUGACGCGCUUGACUCCCUCUUUUCUGGAUUUCAACCCAAGGGCAGCUCGAAGAGCGUCAAGCAAUCAGUCGAUCAUCCAGCAGCAAAUGACUCAGUUCUUGAAGGGACGUCUGAUGAGCUUUACAGGGUCCGCCUUGUGAGGUCUGACGAGAAGCGGCCGGAUCAGGUCAGAAUCGCGGAAGAGCAUUUUGAAUACACGAAUGCAGACAACAAUAUGAAGAAGCUUCAUCGAAAGAUUGAAUACAUGGAAGAUAUCCAUGUGGUUCCGAGGAGAUCCCCUGCGACUGGAGUCGAGUACCAACAGCGGGUUCUUCAAGGAGAAACCUGGAGCAACAUAGACGAAGAUUUCUACGUGCACAGCGUCAGAGAUCCCCUCAUCAAGAUCCAAGACAAAGGUUUUCGCUACAUAUUGAAUCAAGUCUGCGACUAUUAUCCAGGCCAAAGUUUAUUCGGCGUGAUCUACAUUCACUACCCCUUCCGCAUUUUAUGGCACUACUACGACGAUAUACUGAGAGAAGCUCGGCUUACCAGAGAUGAGAUCGAAGUCGAUAAAUGCCCUCCCGAGUUGGACGAAACCCAAUCAGUUGUUUAUAAGGUAUUCAAGAUGAUGAGACUGAAGCGGGAUACAUGGGACGAACUUCGAAACGAACGACAGUGCUACGAGGAGAAGAAAGAAGCCGGAUGGGAACAUCUGUGGCUACUUUACACACCUGGUACUGACGUUUAUGCGAAAGUUGAUGGCCAUUGGGCACGUUUCGUUGUUGUAAAGACCAUGAAGAUCAAGAAGGCCUGGCACAUCAUUACUUGGCUCUUAGCUUAUGACCCGCCGUGCUUGCGCCGUGUGAAGCAUCGUUUUGUCAUCCAAGAAUACAACGGGGAGAAGAGAAUAUGUUCACUCGAAGUCUUUCCUUGCGAGUAUCUUGACAGUCUCUCUUCACGGGAUGAAGAUGGAAUCGACACAGAUGCGAAGACCAAGAGAAAAUUGACAGAGCUUGGUAAAACCUACUGGGACAUUCUACGAGCGCGAUCAAGGUACAUGUCACACAGCGGGUUCGCACUCGGUGACAAAGAGAAUGGGACAUCAGCUAAGCGGCACGACGGUCUGGUGAUUGCAGACCCAAAGGGCUACUACGAUGUAAAACACCAAGCGAAGCCGGAUAAAGAGGGAAUGACAGUUUUUGCUCCGUUCUCUUUCUUCAUGGAUGAAAAUGGUACGGACGUUAAAGUGUCCAAUGAUCUCUCUCCGCCAGAUGAAGACUACCCAGACAAGUGGGCUGAGCUACGCGAUCUCGAUCCAGCAGACGAACAAAGAGCUUUCGAUUCCGCGAAGCUUGAAGAGCAUUUUUGUAGGUUCUCUCGCCGAAUUCCUGGCUUCGCUCUUGGAGAGAAGGAAUGGCUUCUCUUUGACAUCAGUAAUCUUCGAGAAGUGACGAACGUCCCUGGCGCAGACGACAUCAAAGACCGUCUCAAACUUCCAGGAAAGGAUAUAGAAUGUCUUACAAGCGUUUUGGAACGAUUCAAACACGAUGCUGCAACUCCACACACUUUCCAACUGGAUGAUAUUCCCAAGAAGGGGGCAGGAAAAAGCUUUCUGCUCCACGGACCACCAGGAACGGGUAAGACAUACACAGCUGAAUGUAUUGCACAAUGGGCCAAGAGACCUUUACUCCACCUCAAUGCAGCAGAUAUAGGGAGUAAUGCCAAAGAGAUGGAAGCUGCACUUAGCGAAUGGUUCAAUCUCGCGGAACGUUGGAGAGCGAUUGUACUGUUGGACGAGGCUGACUCAUUCUUCAAUCAGCGUAGGGCAGACGGAAACUCACGUGACGCCCUCGUUUGUGCCUUUCUUCGACAAAUGGAAUAUUUUCCUGGAGUCUUGUUCUUGACAACGAAUCUCCCAGGUUUCAUCGACGAAGCAAUUGUUGCGAGAAUCCAAAUUCCCAUUGGGUACACCCAUAACGAAGCUUGUCUCAAAGCCAUAUGGAACAAGUUCUUUCAGGUAAUCAAUAACGACUGGGGAAGGCAUGGCAAUGGGGACAUAACACAGGCUGUGAUGGUGAGCCGUAAAGCACAGAUAUGGGCAUUGCAGAACGUGGAAGACGAGUUCGAAAAGUUGAAAGCUUGGGAAAAGCAGAGUGACAAGGGAGAAACAGGAUCCAAACGUCCCGAGAUAUUCUGGAACGGCAGAGAGAUUCGGAAUGUUCUGGAAAUUGCAAAGAGCGUUGCGCUCCAACGAAGUGGCAGUAGCACAGUUGCAGAGAUCGAAGACGAGGAUUUAGAAUCAGCAAAGCAGCGCAAGGUGGAGUUCAACGACUACAUCAGCAAUGUGUUCCACCAGGAAACAACACCGCGAAAUUUGAGGCCGACUUUCCCUCAGUACCAUCCAAGCCAAGCGAAUGGCAUAUGAAUAAGUCACCACUUGUACGAUGAUUAGUAGUACUUUCACUCCACAAGCAUAUAGUCAGGAUACAUCCAGGAGUACGUCUCUCAAGUAAAUGAGCCU